CCCUAUAAUACACUCGAGUGAGAGCACAGCACUGCAAACCAAAUGAAUAUUCUGAAUAAAAGUCUUUCAUAAAACCAGAAAUGAAAAGCUGUGUUGGUGAUUGAAAAAGUAAACACUUUAUCCUGGAUCAAACCCCGGACCCAGGAGCUGUGAGGUGACAACGCUUCCUGCUGUACCAUCAUGCUCUGAAAUAAUUCCUAUUAUAAAUAUCAAAUAAUAACUGGAAUAUAGAAUACUUGUCCCCACAGGGUACUUACACAUUCUACCAUAUAAAAAUAAACUAGUGUACAUUCUUAAAACACACGAAUACAUUAUAAUGUAUCAGAAGUAAACUGUACAUCUCUGAAUUAUACAUUAGUGUGUUUAUAGUAAAAUUAGUGGAUUUGAAGGAACAUCAUUAAGUCAGCUGACCUUCUACUGAAAUGUUAGGUGAGAUAAUAAGAUUUAUUUUAGAUCUUUUUUUUUCUUCUUGUGGGUCUUUUGUUUUUUUUUGGUUUUUUUUCAAAGUGCUUUAGGCUGCAUAAACAUCCACACCCCUACACACAGAUAAAGCCGCAUUCGAUUUGACCAACAGAUCAUUUCCUCUUUGUCUCUCGGCUGAUACACAAUGGUUCAGUUUAAAACUCUGCCUGUGUUUCUCUGUGCCAUGGGUUUUAUCUCAGAGACUCUGUGCUCUUCAUCUUUGGAGGCAGAAGCUGGAGAUAACGUCACUCUUUGGUGCCAACAUGGUCUGACUAAAACAGGUUUCAUCUUCUGGUUUAAACACACAAGUGAUUCAGUUCCACUUCGUCUUGGGUGUAAAAAGUUUAGGACAUCAGCUCCAUCAGAAAACUGUUACUUCUUUACUGAAAGUGAGAGAAUAGUGAUGUCUGUUCAUGGCAAGAGCACGUCUCUCACAAUCACUGCAGUAACCGUCUCUGAUACAGGACUGUAUUACUGCAGCUUCAGUGAUCAAAUGAUCUUCAGCAACUCGACCUCUUUACAAGUGAAAGGUUCAGACUCUUCUGCUGUGUUCUUCAUGCUGACUGCAGUGUUUGGUGCAGUGAUUGUGAUUCUUCUCAGUGUCCUGAUCUUCAUCAUAGUGAAGAACAGAAAAACUCUUAGAGGUGCUGAAGCAGAAGAUAUUGAGGAAGAAAUCCUCAAGGUUCUCAGAAAAUUAGGCUCUGAUUAUUAUUUUUAUUUUUAUUUUUUAUGUCAUCCCUGUGUAUCUUCUUUGUUCCUGCAGGAUCCUGACUCGGACUCUGUGAAUUACGCUGCACUACAGUUCUCAAAGAAAAAAACCAACAGAACCAAGAGACACGAUGAAAAUAUGGACCCACAUGUUAUAUAUUCUUCAGUUGGACAGAGUAAUGUGUGUACAUAA